UGUUUUUUUUUUUUAUAUUUUAUUCUGGGGCCUUUUUGACCUUUUGGCCUUUCAUCCCGUCCGACUUUAUUUCUCCCCCAUUCCCUUUUUUCGCUUGUUCAGCGCACCACCUUUGCGAUGGUUCUCACAGCUGAAGAAGCUGCUCCCGUCGCGCGCGGCGGGGCUUCCCUUAUCCUCGCAUGGAGUAUUGCUGGAAGGAAUGUGCUAGUGGUUGGUGGAAACGAUGUAGCCGCUCAACGAGCUUUUUUCGCCCUUGAAGCAGACGCAUAUGUCACUCUCGUCGCACCAGAGAGCAGCUUGUCUGGGUCUUUGCGGGCUCGCGUCAAUAGAGGAGAAUUGACCUGGUUUAACCGAGAUUUCGUAGAGAGGGAUUUGGAGGGGAAGUCUAUGGUGUUGGUAGCAUGGGAGAAUGCACAGGGGUCGAGACACGUUGCCGCUCUUUCAAAACAAAGGAAGGUUCCCGUUAACGUAGCCGACGCCCCAGAGGUAUCGGACUUUUGGUUCAUGUCAACAUACCGUGAUCAUGCCCUACAGGUUGCCGUUUCAACAAACGGCAAUGGACCACAUCUCGCUGGCAAGCUUAGACGUUACGUCGCGAACUCGCUUCCACCAAAUGCUGGACUUGCAAUUCAGCGUCUCAGUGUGUUGCGACAGCGUCUGCGGGCCGCGGAUCCUUCAGCCGCCGCGCGUCGUAUGAGCUUUAUCACUCGCAUCUCCGAGACCUGGCCAUUUGAUAAACUUGCGGAGCUCACGAAUGAGGAAAUUGAGCGAAUUGCAAAGAUCUAUGAAGAAGGCGGUGAACAGGUAGCUCCCUACAAAGUUCGCAGCGGUGUUCUACGCUUUGUCAGUGCGGGAACGGGUGAUGUAGAGUUGUUGACGAGAGCAGCAUACAAUGCCAUCAACUCCGCUGAUGUCGUUGUAGCUGACCCUGACGUGUCCCAAGAUAUCCUUGAAGUUGUAACCGGUCAGCUUAUCGUAUUGACGCCAACCAACAAACGCUCGGCUUUGGAGGCACAAUUGGAGGAAGUUGCAUUGAUUUCCCUCAAGCGCGGAAAUGACGUUGUACGCUUGGUGUCUGGUGAUGCACUCGUGUUCGGUGGGGCAGCAGACGAAGUUGGCUUUUUCCGUCGAAAUGGUUUCGAAGCGCAAAUCAUGCCUGGGAUGUCGUCUGCAUUUGCCGUGCCAUCUCUUACCGGAAUAUCGCUGACAGCUGAGGGAGUUGCUGAUAACAUUGUAUUGGUGAAAUCGGGAUCGCAUGCGUACCCAACCUACCGUAGCUCAGCAACGGUUGUAGCCUCAGUGGACACAGCGCAUCUGCAGAAUGUAGCAGCGGUGCUGUUGCAGAAUGGUUAUCCAGAAGACCUUCCUGUUGCCGUUGCCCAGGGGAAUUCGACCCUGAAGGCUACUGUUUCCACGAUCGCCGCACUAGCGCGGAAAGCAAACUUCGUCGGUUUGGCAACUUUGAUUAUUGGGCGGGUGGUCCAGCUCGAUAGAGCACAACCUUUGCAGCACGUCGCCAAAACUUCCCAGGUCACGUCAGUUCCUGUGUCGCGGCCUAGCACCGAGGCCAAACCGUUCUCUGCGUACUCUGCUAUCACCGAGAAAAAAGCCGUAGCGUCCGAACGCAUUGGAACUGUCAAAUGCAUUAAUGGCCACACAGCCGCAUCUCAUGUGGCGUACGGCUUGACCGACCUAUCAUUCAUCUACCCUGUUGCGACGUCGGGAUACGUUGGUGAAGAGAUGAUAACUUGGGCUGAUCACGCCGUCGCAAAUGCAUAUGGACAAUCGCACAAGGUGGCCACGAUGAGCACGCGUUCUGGAGCAGCGAGCGCGGUUCACGGAGCAAUCUCUACUGGUGCAAAGGUCACAGCGGUUGUUUCCUCUGAAGCUCUUCCAUUGAUGAUUCCCUCCAUGUAUCAAAUUGCCCACGCACGUCAACCAGUCGUAUUUCACGUUGCUGCCCAAAGUAUCACGAACGAGUUCUCUGUUAUCACGGAUUACUCCAACAUCAUCGCUGCCUCCUACACUGGAUUUGGUCUCUUGAACUCUGCAAGCGUUCAAGAAGCUCAUGAUCUCGCCAUCGUUGCUCAUGUUGCGGCAGACUCGGCCAAAACGCCAAUUCUACACUUCUUCGAUGGUGCCCGGAUUGCGAGGGAAACUGUGAAGGCUAAGGUCAUUGAAUACAAGGACCUUGAACAUGUUGCACAAGUGCCUGCAGACAGUCGGGACCUUGUGCAUGCUGUGGAGGACGCAAUGAACAAACUCGAACACGCUUUUGGUCGUCGAUACAAGCUCUUUGAAUACAGCGGAGCUCCCGAUGCUGAGACCGUAGUUGUCACGAUGGGUCCGGCUGCGGCACUCGCUCAGGAGGCUGCCACACGCUUGAAUCACCAGGGUGCUAAAGUGGGUGUUCUUAACAUCCGCUUGCUCCGUCCAUGGUCUGCCGUACACUUCGUCAACGCCCUUCCCAAGAGUGUCAAGAGAUUGGCGGUCAUCGAUCAAUCUGGCAAAGCCGGAAGUGGACAUGGGCCCUUGUUCCUCGAUGUCACAGCUUGCUUCUACACAGGUCAUUGGUCAGGCCGUAUACCUGCGAUCAUCAACGGGCACUUCGCUGCUGGCAUUCAGAAUUUCCAUCCCGCAGCUGUCGAAGAACUCUUUCGGAACGCAGCGUCCCCCAACCCAAUCUUUGACUUUGUCCUUGAAAGCAAGACAGUGGAGCCUGAGGCAGAUGCACGUUAUGUUGCAGAAGGUGUUUCUCAAGCGGUAUUUUGGGAUCUUCAGGAGUCGCACACCUCAGCAGUUAGCACCGAGAUUGUUGCCGAUAUGGAGCAUGGCCCUCAGGUGGCGGUUCAGAGUUACACCGCCCAUGAUGAUACUCAGAUUGAUCCUGCUAGCGUCACUUAUCUUCGUUAUGGCACUUCGAAUGUCACGGCGCCCCAUCUCAUUCACUCGGCAGACUAUGCUGCUGUCCAUGAUUUGUCGCUGCUUCAACGUUAUAACGUCGCCCAGAGCGUGAAGCAUGGUGGCUCCCUAGUCUUGAACACUCACCUCGCCGGCGAUGAUCUAGCCAAAGAAGUUCCGGAUGUGAUCAAAAGUGAGAUUUCUCGACGCAAGAUUGACGUGCUAACUGUCGACGCCAACGGCAUCGCCAAGGAUUUCACGCUAUUCAAGGGUGUUCACACCGAGUAUGUGAAGUUGAUUCUCCAGGCGGUCUUCCUGAAGGUUGCUCCGGGUAUCGACUUCCCUGCUACUCUCAGGCGUUUGGGUGAGCACGUCACUCAGUCAGAGACGGAUCGCAGUGUUAUCGUGACGAAGCUCGGUGCCAUCCAGCGGGCAUUGAGCAAGAUUCAGCACGUCACCCUGAAAAAUAUUCCGACCCCUGAGGCGAAGGCUUCCCUUCCCAACCUGGUCGCUAACUCUCUACCAUUUGCAAAAUUGCCCCUGGUCGAAGAAGAGGAGGAAACUACGGCGCGUGUUGUUAAAAGCCAUGCCGCCAUUUGGCCCGUCAUCUUUCCUGAAGCUUACAAGGUGGAGAAGAAACUCCGUCCGGAUAUCGAAGGUGCCUAUCAAAUCAAGGUGACAGAGAAUCGUCGUGUCACCCCUGAUACCUACGACAGGAAUGUUUUCCACAUUGAAAUGGAUAUCAAGGGGACUGGGCUCAAGUAUGCCAUUGGAGAAGCCUUGGGAGUUCAUGGACAUAAUGAUGUUGCUGAAGUGGAACGUUUCCUUAAAUUUUAUGGUGUCAACCCUCUGGACGUUGUGUACGUUGACCGCAAGACGGCUGACGGUGAAAGCACAUCGGAAGUUCGCACCAUUGCGCAAAUGUUCACGCAGGUUUUGGACGUUUUUGGUAAGCCUGGUCGAAAAUUCUACCAGGCAAUGCUAGGAUACACCAAAGACCCUAAGCAACACGAGGAGAUUCACAAUCUUCUUUCGGAUGCGGACGCCAUGCAGAAGUUUACGGACAAUGAAACGCCCACCUACGCCGACUUGUUAGUCAAAUUUGACUCCUGCCACCCACCUGUUGAAGACCUUGUGAAUCUUAUUCCCGCUAUCAAACCACGUCACUACUCGAUCUCGUCCGCGCAAAGCAUGCACCCUGACAGUGUACACCUUCUAGUUGUUCUCGUUGACUGGCGUACCAAGUCCGGCAAAGAGCGAUUCGGUCAAUGUACCCGGUACCUUGUCGAUGCAGCCAUUGGACAAACCCUUACAGUCACCAUCAAGCCAUCCGUUAUGAAGCUUCCUCCAUCACUCACCCAACCCGUGAUCAUGUCGGGUCUCGGAACGGGUAUGGCGCCCUUCCGUGCUUUCAUUGAAGAACGUGCCUACUGGAAGGCGCAGGGCAAGAAAGUUGGUCCAAUGGUCCUCUACUUUGGAUCGCGCCACCGUGCAAUGGAAUAUCUGUACGGCGAGGAAAUGGAAGCCUAUCACGCGGAUGGGCUUUUGACAUACUUGCGUCUCGCUUUCUCUCGUGACCAGAAACAAAAGGUGUACAUUCAGCACAAGAUUACAGAGGACACUGAGUUGCUCGGUCGAUUGAUGUUGAAGGAAAAGGGUGCUUUCUACCUUUGUGGACCUACUUGGCCCGUGCCGGACGUGAGAGAUGCGCUUGUGAAGGCGUUUGAGAGUGAGAUGACCAAGGCUGAGGCGACGGAAUUAUUGGAGGCGUUGAAGGAAGAGGAGCGAUACAUCCUUGAAGUAUAUUAGUUGUGUGGACAUAUUUAGUGUGGCCGACCACCGUUGUUCUCUGUUUGAAUUAUAGAAUUACCCUGCCUACGCUGAUGUUUAUUUAUCAAUAAAAUGAAUUGAUCCCUCUUA